AGGGGCCGGGAGCGCCUUCCCUCCCGAGCGCCGUCCGCACUUCUGCGCGGCUCACGUUCCCCCAGAAGCAGGAAAAUGGGGAUCGCGGGGAAGCCUGUGAUCGCCGCCCUCGGCGGGGUCUGUGGAGGAGCCCUGGGGGAGCCGCACGGAGCUGACGCGGUGUGGUUGGAUAAUCUGCCUCAUCUUGAUUCUGCAGCAUUGCAAACUGUGGUAUCCUGGGGUUCUCUUAACGUUGCAGAAGACUUAAGAUCAGCUGAUGUUCACAAGGAAUAGAGUCACGUGAUGUAUGAAGGGAAACAUAUACACUUCUCUGAGGUUGACAAUAAGCCCUUGUGCUCGUAUAGCCCCAAACUGUGCAAGCAGCGGCGACUCAACGGCUACGCUUUCUGUAUCAGACACGUUCUGGAGGACAAGACUGCCCCCUUCAAGCAAUGUGAAUAUGUGGCCAAGUAUAACAGCCAACGCUGCACCAACCCCAUCCCGAAAUCAGAGGAUCGUAGGUACUGCAACAGCCACUUGCAGGUACUUGGCUUUAUCCCGAAAAAAGAGAGGAAGAAAAAGAAUGAUCCUCUAGAUGAGGUCAAGGUCAGGCACCAGAUGGAUACCAUGGCCUUUAGCCUGACCGUGCCCACGUUGGCCUUGAAGAUGCCCAAUGGACUGGAUGGAAUGUCCCUGUCUCCACCGGGGGCAAGGGUCCCUCUCCACUACCUGGAAACUGAAUUGGAAGACCCGUUUGCUUUCAACGAGGAAGAUGAUGACCUAAAGAAAGGGGCAACCGUGAGAAAGAAGUUGCAGAGCAAGCUGGCCCAGAACCGGCAGCGGCAGAGAGAGACAGAGAUUUUAAAAGUCCGACAAGAGCACUUUAGCCCCCCUCCCGCGCCUCCGCAGCCGCAGCCCCCGCAGCAGCACUCCCAGCUGCCCCCUCUGUCCGCGUCUGUGCGGCCGCCAGCGCCCCCGCAGGGCUCGGGCUGCAGGUCGCCCCAGCCUCCGCACACCAGCCCGGCCCUGCAGGGGGCGGCACACGCGCGGCCGCCGUCCCGGCGGGGGCCUGCGCCCCUACCGCCCCCCGGCGCCGCCCCGCCGCGGGCGGACCGCGUGCUCAUGCGGGCCGCCGCCUUCUCGCCGCCCUUCUCCUGUCUGAGCCGGCUGCAGAGACUGGUGACACUGUGCACCCAGAAGCAUCAGCUGGACGCUGACCUGUUCCCCCAUUUAGGGUUGGACUGGUCUGAAGAGAGCGGAGAGGAGCUGGAGGACUCAGAGCAGGCCUCACCGUACCAGGUUGCCUGGUCCAUCCGAGAAACCCUCGGAUGUGAAAGACACACGUCAGAUGACGAUGACACAGAGACCAGGAGCUCCAGGGUGACCCAACUUUGCACUCACUUUCAGCAGAAAUAUAAGCACCUCUGCCGCCUGGAGCGGGCAGAAUCUCGUCAGAAGAAAUGCCGGCACACGCUGAGGAAAGCCUUGCUGCAGGCAGCCAGCAGAGAGCCCGAGUGCACCGGGCAGUUCAUCCAGGAGCUGCAGAGAGCUGCGCGCAGUCGAGCCAGCAUAAGCCAGACCAAGUUGAGGGAGAUGGAGCCAGCCGUGUGCAGUGGAACCGUGAAGGGUGAACAGUGCACUAACAGAGCCCUUCCCUUCACCAGACAUUGUUUCCAACAUAUCCUCUUGAACCGCUCUCAGCAGCUCUUCUCAAGUUGCACGGCCAAGUUUGCAGACGGACAGCAGUGCUCGGUGCCCGUGUUUGACAUUACACACCAGACACCUCUGUGUGAGGAACAUGCCAAAAAAAUGGAUAAUUUCUUGAGAGGAGAUAGCUCCCGUAAAGUUCAGCACCAGCAGCAGAGGAAACCCAGGAAAAAAACCAAGCCUCCCGCACUUACCAAAAAACACAAGAAGAAGAGAAGGCGUGGACCUCGUCGACCCCAAAAACCCAUUCCCCCUGCAGUACCCCAAGGGAACCUCAGCAUGCCCACCAGCGUCUCACUGCCAGUGGAGGCCUCUCAGCUCCGGAGCCCGUCCACGCCAGAGCUGAGUGCUGAUGAGUUGCCGGAUGACAUUGCCACCGAGAUCAGUGACAUUCCGCAUGACUUGGAGUUGAACCAGGAGGACUUUUCAGAUGUCCUGCCGCGGCUCCCGGACGACUUACAAGACUUUGAUUUUUUUGAAGGAAAGAAUGGAGACCUCCUCCCCACUACCGAGGAGGCCGAGGAGCUGGAGCGGGCCCUGCAGGCUGUGACUUCUCUCGAGUGCCUGAGUACCAUCGGGGUCCUCGCCCAGCCGGAUGGUGUGCCGGUCCAGGAGCUGUCAGAUAGAGGAAUGGGGGUGUUCUCCGCAGGUACCGGAGCUUCAGGAAUUCAGUCCUUGAGCCGAGAAGUGAACGCAGACCUUGGGGAGCUGUUGAAUGGGCGUAUAGUCCAUGAUAAUUUCUCUAGUCUCGAGCUGGACGAGAGCCUGCUCCGUUCUGCCACCUUGUCUAACCCACCCACCCCCCUGGCAGGGCAGAUUCAGGGGCAGUUCUCCGCCCCAGCCAGCGUCGGCCUUACUUCUGCCGCUCUGAUCAGCCAGGGUGCCCUCGGGGAGAGAGCCUUCCCAGGACAGUUUCACGGACUUCAUGACGGCAGCCAUGCCUCCCAGAGGCCACAUCCUGCCCAGCUGCUGAGCAAGGCAGAUGACCUAAUCACCUCACGACAGCAAUACAGCAGUGACCAUUCGCACUCCUCGCCCCACGGAAGCCAUUACGACAGUGAGCACGUGCCGUCGCCCUACAGCGACCACAUCACCUCCCCCCACACGACAUCUUACUCUGGUGAUAACAUGGCAGCUACCUUUUCAGCAGAGAUGCCCAUCAUGGCGCAGCACUUGCUCCCAGCCCAACUCGAGGUGCCACUUGGAGGAGUCGUGAACCCCAGAACCCACUGGGGCAGUCUCCCAGUCAGCCUGGGGGAGCCCUCUCCGUUCAGCAACCUUCUUGGCGCAGAUGGACAUCUUCUUUCCACGUCCCUGUCCACGCCACCCACCACGUCGAACUCAGAGACCACACAGCCUGCCUUCGCCACCGUGACCCCCAGCAGUGCCAGCGGGCUUCCGGGGUUGCCGCAGACCAGCUUCAGUGGCAUGGGGCCUUCCGCGGAGCUCAUGGCCUCCCCCUCUCCCAAGCAGCAGCUCCCUCAGUUCAGCGCAGCCUUCGGCCACCAGCUGAGUUCUCACAGUGGCAUUCCGAAGGACCUGCAGCCCAGCCACAGCUCCAUCGCCCCUCCCACAGGCUUCACGGUGACAGGUGCCACAGCUACGAGUACCAAUAAUGCGUCCUCGCCCUUUCCCUCCCCCAACUGAGCGUCUGUGUGUUUGCGGGCAGAUGGGAACCUGGAGUUUUCUAUCUUUGUUUCCUCUUUAUCCUCCUUCCCCUUUUCCUAAAGAAGAUUUUAAAAAUAACAGACGGGAACUAGAGGGGGACCCCUUUUCCAGCUAAACCGUUGCCCCGCGGCGGACCUGGCUUCAGUGUUCACAUGUGCUUUCUGCACUGGUGCUCACCCCUCCCGCAGGUCCACCCGGCCCCGUGGUUCCUCAGUGGCUCAGCACAGUGACUGCGUAGAACCGACUUUAGCAGCAAGUCCUAGAAGUGGAAGAUACCUCAGAUUACCAGUGCCCUUUACUAUUUCCUAGUAUUCAGAUCAAUGCUUUCCAUUCUAUUACCAGGUCUUUACAUGGGUGGUUCUAGAUAGAAUGAUCCUAUUCAUUGAGUUCCUGUGUAAGAGACAGCAGACGGUGUGCAGAGGCAGUCCAAGGCUCUGACUCAGCACCAACCGCUGACACCACAUGAGGCCAGGAUUCCAUUCCCAAUUGUGAUCAUGUUUAGUCAAAAAGAAAAAAUUGGUCUUCUGACCGCCUGUGUGUUUGAGUGCGCCCACACAUGUGUUUUUGUGCAGGGCAGGAAGCAGCUGUCCCAUUGUUAUUUUUUUACCUAAUGAGUAUAAGGCUCUUGCUUCUCCUUUCCCAUAUCUCACAACCCUGGUAAAGUUGGUCAUUCUCUCCAUGAGUUAACUAAGCUUCCUGAAUGCAGAGGGUGGUGGUCUGUUUUCAUGAAUAGCAAACCCUUUUCUGCUAAGUUAGCCCAGAACACGGACGCUGAGUUCGUGUCAGUGCUGUGGGCAUGUCGUGAAGAGCUUGUGUGAAGUGACUGCAGGGUUGCUGAGAUUCUGGGGUCUGCUGGUCAUGUUGCCUUUUAGACACGCAUUUGUUUCUAAAACCCUCUCUCAUGGAAUACAUUCGCAAGAUGUAAGUAAAGAAAAUAUUUGGUGUGAAAUGCAGGAUAGGUCAGAUAGAUUUGGAAAGAGGGGAUCUGUGAACUCCUUGAUCCAUCUUUUGCUUUUGAAUUUUUCAUGUUUACAGUAGUGAUUCUUUGGUAAGAUUUGUAAAAUGUUGAAGACGCUUGUAGGAUCAAUGUGCCAGUUGUGAAGUGAUGUGUAAUAUUUGAAGGAUACACAUUUUAAAGUUUCUUUCAAAGCAGAAUAUGGAAAUUAGAUAUAAAUUUUACUCACCCUUUGGUACUUUUAAAAUAAUUUAAAGACUUAGGUUUAAGUUUUGGGAAAUUUUUAUAAAGUACCAGAAUUUUAGGGUUAAAAAUCAUCUUGGGUAGUUUAGUAAGUUGGUGACUAUGAAAUGAAUAUGUGAGGUUUGUUUUACCUGCCUUCUGCCCCCAGCCUCCCCCAGAAGGUGGGACUAGAUUUGAAAGGCAUCUGUCCUCUGCUUUUGCUGGGAAGUUUCACUGUCCCCUGAGAUGCCAUUGGCUAUUUAUACCUGAGUCUAGUCUAAUUUACAUAUAUAUAUUUUAAAGAUGAGUAGAGAGAACGUAUCUAUUAAUGAUGUGAUAUAAUAAUUCAUUUGUCAGGGAAUAUUUGAUCUUAAUUCCUUUUCAAUAGGUAAAGAUUUGGAUGUAUUUUCCUACUUCCUGUAUGUACUCUCCUUAUGCCGUGCUAAUUCUAACCAGUCCCUUCUUUUGAAAGCCUUUCUUUCUCUGCUUUUUAAAGGAAUGAUGGUGAUCAGCAGGCAUUAUGCAGAUUCCACGUGCCUGAGAUUAUGGAGGGGAAACGUCACAUGACUGUAUGAAACCAUUAUAUGCCCUAUUUUGUAUUUAUUGAAGUUUCUUUUUCUGGGCCAAAAAUAUGUUUGUAAUAUAUUUAGUUUUUUUUUUAAUCAUGAUAAUUGAUUGGAAGAUUUAUUUUUAAUAGCUCUGCCUUUUUUGCAGAUUCAGAAAUUUCUAAAUUAUAAAUUAUGUCACAAAGCAAAAUUAUAUUUGGUAUCACCAUAAAUUUCUAUUCUGAAUGGUGAGAACAGGUAAUUUGAAUAUUUCUCACCUAUGAACCUAUGUUUGUAGGCUUUUUUAUUUUAAUGUACUGUAAUGAAAUGAUUAUGAGUGGUUACCUCUGCUCAAAAGUGUCGUUUAGUUUGCUCAACUUUUUUCACAUCCCAUUACAAUCAUCACUAGAUAACUGUCCAUUCCCAGCGAUUCGAUUUAGUCUCCAUUGUGUACU